UCAGACGUCAAGUCAAGCUUCAAAAAAGUUAACAAGAGCAACAAUUGAUGCCAAAGACGCCACAAUGAGUGUCCCACGAGCGCGUAUAUUGGACUUGGUAAAGGCGCAAUGCCAGGUCUUCGCGACCUCAUACAACCCUGAAGGCGUACGCAUGGGCAAUAAGGUCCUGCGACAGCGAUUAAGAGGACCGGCCAUGGCGGCGUACUAUCCUCGAAAGACAGCGACGAUCAAGGAUCUAAAGCGCGAGUUCGGACCGACACUGGCUACCUGGGAUGAGGGCGAGGAGGAUCGCUUCGAGUACAUUGAGGAGCUCAAGCUCCGUGGAAAGAGUGCACCCAAGAAGAAGAAGGGACCUCCAGCUCCCACUGGCAAGAAGCGAUAAAUCAAACAAUAAUGACAACGAUAUUUCCAAUGUUGGCCCUGGCGGCAAAGAGACAUCUUACCAUGGAUCAUGAGUGUUGAACGAUGUGCCAAUCCAUACGCCAAUUGUACGACUCAUAAAGCUUGAUCGAGGCAUAAAGGUGGCUGUAAGAGCCAAUAGACCUCCAAGUGGCCUUCUAUCGCCGUAUGUAUAAUCAUUUGUAUCAGUACUCAUUGCAUAAAUCAUAUUUCGAAAUUUCUA